CACUCUGUUUUACACCUCCCCUUUGCCCCCCUUUUACACCUACACACUCUCUCUCUCUCUCUCUCUAUAUAUAUAUCUCUGAUUAUUAGUCUUUAUAUGCAAAUCUGAGGAGUGGGGAGUGCUUGCUUUUGCAGUAUAGUGAGAAUUUUGGGCAUUGGUACGGCCCGAAGAACUUGUGGGUUCUAUGUUUCCCGCCAAAACAGCAAAAAAAGUAGAAAUUCAUCAACUUGCACUUCCCCUUUUUCUCUUUCCUAUAAUAAUACCCACCUCUCACUUCUACUUACCCCUCCGCCAUUGAUUUCUUCUUCUUUUUUUUCUUCCCAUUAUGUAGAGUUCUUGGGAGAUAUACUCUCAUCCUUAAGUCAACUCAUCGUUUCGGUCGAUUCUUAUUUGAUCGGCGACGGCUUUUUUCAGUACUCUGUGAUGGUAUUUGAGGCAGCGAUGGAUUUGGGUUCUCCGGCGACGGUGAGGUUCUCGGAGCACGUGAUCAUGACUAACAAGCACGUGCCAGAGGGUAGUUCGGGAUCGGGGACUCUCCGGAACAGAGUUGUACGGAUCGUGGUCACCGACGGCGACGCCACGGACUCCUCCGACGAUGAAGGGGAGAGGGCGGUGGGGAGGAGUAGGAGGGUGAAGAGGCACGUGUCGGAGAUCAGGUUUGUGCCGCCGCCGCCGUCUUCGUCGGCGUCGUCGCAGAGGAAGGAGAACAUGGUUCAGUUUACUUCCAGCGGGAGUAAGAAGAGGGGGCUGAGUGACGUCACGUCGUCGGAAUCCGACGCCUGCAGCCGGAAGAAGUUCAGAGGAGUGCGUCAGCGGCCGUGGGGGCGUUGGGCGGCGGAGAUUCGCGACCCGACCCGCGGGAAACGCCUCUGGCUCGGAACUUUUGACUCCCCGGAAGAAGCCGCCACCGUCUACGACAACGCCGCCGUGAGACUAAAAGGCCCUGACGCCGUCACCAACUUCCCGAAACAAACGGUAACGAUAACGGCAGUCGAUACCGCACUCACCUCAAACAACGCGGCUCUGUCCCCCGCCUCCGUCCUCCGUUACGACGACUCCACUCCGUUCGAUAGCCCCGUGCAGAGUGACGUCACCCCAAACGAAGCUGCCGCCCCCGCCGCCGGCGAAUUCACGGCGUUAGACAAUCUCGAUCUCGGAAACUUCGACUCCCCAAUAGACUUCGACUUCUUCGGCUUACCAAGUUUCCGGUUACUCGCAAAACACGGCGCCGAGGAAUUCGACGAGUUCGACGUUGACUAUUUUCUCCUUGAAAAUCAGUUAGAGCACCCCCGUUCUCUCAUGGCUGAACUGUAAAUUUACCUUCUUUUUUUGGGGCGUAAUGCAACCGUGACGUGGCACUUUUGGCGGCAAAUUAUCGAGCGUGGGUAACUGUGUAUUGCGAGUAUUGCGUGUAGCCUAUUUUGCACGGCGGCUUUUUUAUGGAUAUUUCAAUUUUUGGUCAACAAUAUAUUAAUAAUUAAUUGUAUCAAUAUAUAAUUAAUUAAUUAUAUUUAUUAAUAACAGCGAAAGAGUGGGGUACGAGGAGACCAGGUUCAGCAUUGUGUAUAAUGUUUUCUUGGAUGGCAAGCCUUGCGUUGAAACACUAUUCAUAUUUUGACGUUUAAAUAUCAAUGUCUGUAUCAAUUUGAGUUGGAAAUCAAAUUAGUUUAUUUGUGGUU